GGGGAAUAUAUGUGUGAAUCCCUCCCAUGCGGUGAACCCAUAGUUUGCGACACUUUUUGAACGUUUGCCACAAACGCGGGAAUCAGUUGCGAGACAAUCCGCGAGACAACCGUUUGCCAUGAAAUUCAAAGGCGUUAUAACGGAUGGCCAACAGAUCCAGUCGAUGAUCAAAGUGUUUCAAAGUGUGGCCAAGUUUUGGAAAACAUUUUACGUCAAGUUAUCGGCCAAUGAAAUGCAACUCAUCAGCGAUCGCUCCAACGGUUUGUCUCCAUUUGUGGUCAAAUGUGAUCUCAAUUGCGAAGACUAUUUCCAAGAGUACGACUUCAGCGGUGUCUCUAACGACAAGAACCUCAUAUACUUCGAGAUGAGUUCGGAUCCCGUGUCUCAAGUCAUGUCUUCGUUGUCGCCGAACAUAAAGGCGUUGACUCUGAAGCUGAAGAACAAAAGCGGUGGUAAUGUGUUGGCUGUAGGGGUGGACUACCCGUCCCAGGACUCGGACCGCUAUGUGUCGCACGACCUGAAAGUGGAAAUCAUUAAAACCCAAUAUUGGGACCAAAUCUGUGGCCUCCAGUCCGGCGCUUAUGAUCUGUCCUUCUAUUUGCCGGAAACCCCGACAGUCAUCACAACCAUUGAACGACUCAAGGAUUUGUGUCCUUAUAUGACAAUUAGAGCCAAAGCUAUCGAUCAAAACAAAACGGUUCUGACGAUCGGCGCCGACACUGACUCCAUCGCUCUUAAGACCAAAUUCACGGAUUUAGACCUCAAUGUCAAUGAAGACAACGAUUCCAAUGACAGACAUUGGGCAAUCUUUCCAAAUGUCGACAAUUAA